GGACACCCUUCAAUCUACCCAUGUGGAAGGUGCGCCAGGCUCUAGGAUGCCGAUGCGGAGACCUGAUUAGGCGGAGGCUGAUCCUUGGAGGUAGCAGGUGGGUCGCGAGGUUGCCAGAUCUGGGAUCCCUUGCGUUCACCACCACCGAUAGAAGCUACCAGAUGGAGGGGAUCACCGUCGAAUCUAACACAAAGAAAAAACAAAGCAACAAGAAAAAACAAGAAAACCAAAGGGGUCACCAAAGGGGACUCAAAAGCCGACAGGCCCGGAAGGGUCGUCGGAGGAGGGAGCACAGGGCGGCUCCAACAUGCUUGAACGGUCGGGAAGCCCGGCGGCUCAAGCGUCAAAACCUCGGAAGCUCAAAGGCUUUCGGGCAAAAACAACGCAGCGCCGGAGAAGGGAGGCAGAAGCAGGAGAGAAGGGAGAGAAAAGGGGGACCAACGAGGAGUUGGAUUAAGUGGUAAGCGGCUUGUUCCAGCUUAAGCAAGGUCUCGAGUUCGAGACCUUGUGAAUGCAGCAGCCUCCGUUGGGAGACUCACCGACCAUUUCCAGGUGCGCGACGCGGGUCGAUCCGGAUUAGUCGGAGCGAAGUCCCAGAUAUCGGACGGGAAACCAAAAAAAAGGGAGAGAAAAGGGGGAAAGAGAGAAUAUAAUAGGUGACUUUAA